AUGGAUCCCGCGCUCCAGUUCGUCCUCGACACCAUGAACAACCGCUUCGACGAGCUUGACCGCCGCUUCACCGAGCGGGAUCGCGCGGCAGCAGAUCGGGCUGCAGCCAUCGAUUCGCGUUUCGCGGCGCUGGAGGCGACUCAAUCGGCUGCGGCUUCCGCCGCCGCCACCACCGCGGCCGCGCUGGAGCAGCGCCUCUCCGGAUUGGGGUCCGCCCGUCUCACGCCUGUGGCGGCCGCCAUCGAGCAGCGCCUGACUACCCUCGAGGCCAACUACAUCGAUCGGGACGCCGACUACUCCCAGCGCAUCUCCGACCUGGAAGCCCUCCAAGCCGCCCCCAAGUCGGAGGAGCACGACUCCAGGGUGGUGGCCCUCGAGAAGGCGACCGCGGAUCUCGCUGCCUGGCGCCCAGACAUGGAGGGUCUCGUGGAUGAUGUGCGGCUUCAAGUCCAGAAGCUCGAUUCCAAGUGUGACCGCAUGGUGUUCGACACUAUGCCGCAUGGCAGGGGACUCAUGCAACCACCGGCCGCGACAACUGCGACCGCCACCGCCGGAACAUCUCAUGCUUCGCCCAGUGGGCACCGCGCCGCCUCGACUCCACGGGAUGUGGGUUCCGGGGUCGUCACGACCUGGACGCACGUCCCAGCCAAGGGUACGUGUUUCCCCUCUCCUCCUGCUCCCGAUCCUCCUGGAUUCAUGUUUCCCCCUCCUCCACCACCUCCUCAUCCGAAUCCACCUCCACCGUUUCCUCCUCCGCCACCGCCUCAUCAGAAUCCUCCACCAGCGUUUCCUCCUCCUCCACCACCUUCUCAUCCGACUCCACAAACACCACGACAUCCGUUCUACCUGGCGCCAUUACCACCCCGACCGCCGGGAGCCGCCGUUGCCGCUAACCCCACCGCUCCACCUGCCAUCGGUCAACUUCCCAAGCUCUCCUUUCCCCGUUUUGACGGUGAUAACCCUCGCCAUUGGCGCUCCCUUUGCGUCGAUUACUUUGAGAUGUACCUUGUUCCUUCAUCCAUGUGGGGUCGCAUAUCUAAGCAGCAUCUCGAUGGUGCAGCGGCUGGCUGGUUUCAAUCAAUUGAGCCCGAGCUUGACUUCUCUGAUUGGCAGGGUUUUUGCCGCCUCCUUCAUGAUUGUUUCGACCACGAUCAAAAGGAAUUGCUUAUUCGCCAACUUUUUCAUGCAAAACAAACUUCCACUGUGGCUAAGUAUGUUAAGUUGUUCACAGAGUUAGUGGAUCAACUAAAAGCCUAUUCUCAAUCCACCGAUCCUAUGUUUUAUACUAUGCGCUUCAUAGAUGGUUUGAGAGCUGAUAUUAAAGCCAUUGUGCUUGUUUUGCGCCCCAAAGAUUUGGAUACUGCUUGCACUGUUGCAUUGUUGCAGGAGGAGUCAGCCUCGACGACAGCUCGUGUGCCACGCAUGGGUGAUUGGUCUUCGUCAUCCAAGUCGUCCUCCAUCCCACGCACCGCGUUACCACUGCCACUUCCUCCUACUCGUCAAGACCAGAACACUUCUAUGGCCCAAGCUGCCCCAUCGGUUACUGAUGCAAAAUUGGCGGCGAUCAAGUCUUACCGCAGGGCUUUGGGUCUUUGUUUCAAAUGUGGUGUUAAAUGGUCAGAGGACCACAAGUGUGCUCCGGAAGUCCUUCAUGUGGUCGGAGUUCUAUGGGACUCAUUUUCAGAAGAGGAUUGUUCAGCUGCUCUUGACAGUAAUUCUGCUCUAGAUGAACAGUUGUGCCUGGCUCUGUCCAAGGCGGCUUCCAGUGGUUCUGCAGCUGCUCGGACCAUCAGAUUCCAAGGUUCAAUCGGGGGCAUUCCGGCGAUUUUGUUGCUUGAUUCUGGCAGUUCCACUUCCUUCCUUAGCACAGAAUUGGCUGAGCAAUUAUCACAGUUUCAGUCUGUUCCUCAAACUUCACAGGUUCAGAUUGCUGGCGGCAGUAUUCUUCAGAGCAAUGGGAUUCUUAAGUCAGGCAACUGGUCUGUGGAUCACUGUACUUUCCAUUCUGAUUUCAGAAUUCUGCAGUUGUCAACUUUUGAUGCUAUCAUUGGGAUGGAUUGGUUGACCUCGUUCAGUCCUAUGCACAUUGACUGGCAACAGAAAUGGAUGGUUAUUCCUUUAUCAGGGUCAGUGGACAGUGUUACAAGGCCUGGGAGUCGACUUGCCAGGCAAGCUCCUGUGCCUAACCUUCAUCAGUGGCUUGAGGAACGUGAGUUGAUGCAAGACCUGGUUCCAGAGCGUGUGCUGCAGCAUCACUGGACGUCUGGUUCUCACCAAGUGGAGCAAGUCUUCAUCAAAUGGUCUCAUAUGCAGGUUUCUCUGGCAACUUGGGAGUCUGCUGAUCACCUUCGUGGAAGGUUUCCUCUGGCGCCGGCAUGGGGUCAUGCCGCUUCUCAAGACGGGGGGAGUGUUAGCCCAUCAGCUAACCAUGUCCGUGACCAGCAGGAAGAUGAAGGCCCAGCCGAGCCGUCGAGCCCAUGA